GAAAAUUUCUCAUUCUGGCCCCUCACUUUCUCACCUAUCCCUAUUUUUCUAUUUUUGCCCUUGGUCAAAAAAUUCGGAACGCGUUUUCCGAAUUUUUUUUGUCUUUAAAAAAAUAUUCGAAAUGUGUUUUCCGAAUUUUUUUCAAAUUUAAACUAAAAAAAUUCGAAAAACACAUUCCGAAUUUUUUGACUAAGGCAAAAAUGGAAAAACAGGGGCAGGUGAGAAAGUGAGCGGAUGUGAUGAGAAAUUUUGGCUUCACUGCUUGUUAUUAUUCCAACUUCCAAGUUCUCAAAUCCCAAUCAAUACUAUCCUUAAAUCAUGUCCACCACACCAACAAAUCUCAUAGAUUUCUUGGUUAACCAAGCUAAUGGUGUAAAAGGUCUUGCUGAUCUAAAUCUCCCUAAUGUUCCUCCCCAAUAUUUCCAACCAAUUCAAGCUAGAUUAAACAAAUCCAAAAUUAUCCCACAAGACUCAGAACAAUCAAUACCCAUCAUUGAUUUCACAAACUGGGAUGACCCAGAAGUUCAAGAUUCAAUUUUUAGUGCUGCAACUAACUGGGGUUUCUUCCAAAUUGUGAAUCAUGGGAUACCCAUUAAUUUACUUGAUGAUCUUAAAGCUUCUGUCCACAGAUUCUUUGAAUUACCAGUUAAGGUGAAGAAAUCUGUGAAAGAGAAUUCACCUCCUGAAGUUGUGAGGUUAGGCACUAGUUUUAGCCCUCAUGCUGAGUCAGUGCUGGAGUGGAAGGAUUACCUACAGCUUGUGUAUGCUUCAGUGGAGACAAUUCAUUCAUAUUGGCCUGCUGUAUGCAAGGAUGAAGCACUAGAAUAUAUGAAACAUGCUGAAGCUUUUAUUAGAAAAUUACUUAAGGUGCUUCUUAAGAAACUAAAUGUGAAUGAGUUAGACAAAGAAAGAGAACAAACCCUAAUGGGUGCAAUGAUAUUAAGCUUCAAUUACUACCCAGCUUGUCCUGAACCUGAACUAGUAGCAGGAGUAUGUCCUCAUUCUGAUAUAUCAUCUAUCACUGUUCUUCUACAAGAUGGUAUUGGUGGACUUUAUGUAAGAGACAAAGAUGGUAAUAGUUGGAUCAAUGUUCCUCCUGUUAAUGGAGCAUUGGUGAUCAACAUUGGAGAUGUGCUACAGAUAAUGAGCAAUGGAAGAUACAAAAGUAUAGAGCAUAGAGUGGUUGCUAAUAGAAAUAAAACUAGGAUCUCCAUGCCAAUAUUUGUUAACCCUACACCUGAUAGUGUCAUUGGCCCUUUACCAGAAAUGUUGGAGAAUGGGGAUGAGCCACAGUAUAAACAAGUUGUGUUUUCUGACUAUUUCAAAUAUUUCUUCAGCAAAGGUCAUGAUGGGAAGAAAACUAUUGAAUUUGCAAAGAUAUGAUGAUUUGUUCUCA